AUGCACUUCUCCACUACAUUUGCAUCUGCAGCCAUGCUCGUACUUGGCGCUCGCGCUGCACUGCCUGUUGCAAGCAUUGAAUUUCAAUCUUGGUCAGACUGCCCAGCUGGAGAUUUGGCCGAUGGCAAGCCCGUGAGCGUGGCAGAAGUAGCCACUACUCCAGUUACCUGUGACAAGACCCCCGUCUCCCGUCAAUGGAACGUCGACUUCUUCUCCUUCAAAGCUCUCAUGGACACCAAGGAAGCCAAGCUAUGCAGUGGUGUCUAUGCCUGGAACAACGACGAUUGCUCUGGUGAGCCCUGGUCAUUCUUGCCUUUCGAUGGCGAGGGUGUUGUCCAGGGUCAAUGCCUCCCAGAUUCACUGGAUCCUACAUACCUCUCCUUCCAGCUUUCUUGCUAUGGUUACUACUAA